AUGCGCACACCCAGGCAGCGCUGUAAGAAGUAGGGAGGCAUUGAGAAAAAGGAAGUGGGUCCUGUUCUGGUUCUUGCGACUAUAGUCACCGCCCGAAGCAAAUGACCACUGUCCUGGGAGAACGUGGGUGAGGGGCAGAUCUCUGCCCCUUUGUCCGAAGAGCCAAAAAUGACCAAGUCCCUGUUCUAUAUUUUAGAAGGCUGACAUGGGUCGUACUGAACUAAAAUCAAGGUGUCGAAAGGGCAGUAUUCCUUUCUACAGGCUGAAUCAGUGUCAUUCAAGGAUGUAACUGUAGACUUCAGUAGGGAUGAGUGGCAACAAUUAGACCUUGCUCAGAAAAGCCUGUACAGAGAAGUGAUGCUGGAAAACUAUUUCAACUUGAUCUCAGUGGGAUGUCAAGUUCCCAAACCAGAAGUCAUCUUCAGCUUGGAACAAGAAGAGCCAUGUAUGUUGGAUGGUGAGCUCUCCGGUCAGAGCCAUCCAGAUGGGGACUUUGGUUUUGGACCUUUACAACAGAGAAUGUCUGAAGAAAUUUCUUUCCAGUCUGAGAUUAAUAUGAAUCUCUUCAAAAGAGAUGACCCAUAUUCCAUUUUAGAAGAAUUGUGGCAAGAUGAUGAACACACAAGAAAAUGUGGAGAAAACCAGAACAAACCUUUAAGUCAUGUUGCCUUCAUUAACAAGAAAACACUAGCUAACGACAGGGUCUGUGAAUAUAAGGACAUUGGGGAAAUAGUUCAUGUAAACACACACCUGGUUUCCUCAAGAAAAAGACUCCAUAACUGUAACUCAUUUGGAAAGAAUUUGGAGCCUAUUGUAACCUUAUGUAAUAGAAACAAUGCAACAGAAAAUUCUGAUAAGACUAUUGGAGAUGGUGAUAUUUUCACUUAUAUGAAUUCUCAUACGGAAGUGAUGGCUUGUGAAUGUAAUCAGUGUAGGAAAUCUCUGCAUCAUAAGCAAGCUCUCAUUCAACAUCAGAAAAUUCAUACUAGAGAGAGUCUCUAUUUGUUUUCUGACUAUGUAAAUGUUUUCUCCCCGAAGUCACAUGCCUUUGCACAUGAGAGCAUUUGUACUGAAGAAAAGCAGCAUGAAUGCCAUGAACGUGAGGCAGUCUUCACUCAGAAGUCCCAGCUUGAUGGCUGUCGGAGGAUUUAUGCAGGAAUAUGCACUGAAUAUGAGAAGGAUUUUUCCCUCAAGUCAAACCAUCAGAAAACUCCUGAGGGGAAUUACUAUAAAUGCAGUGACUAUGGAAGAGCCUUUAUCCAGAAGUCAGAUCUGUUCAGAUGCCAGAGAAUUCAUUCUGGAGAAAAACCCUAUGAGUACAGUGAAUGUGAGAAAAACCUCUCUCAGAAUUCAAACCUUAAUAUACAUAAAAAAAUUCAUACUAGAGAGAAACACUUCGAAUGUACUGAAUGUGGAAAAGCUUUUACAAGGAAAUCAACACUGAGUAUGCAUCAGAAAAUCCAUACAGGAGAAAAGCCUUAUGUAUGUACUGAAUGUGGAAAGGCCUUUAUCCGGAAGUCACAUUUUAUCACACAUGAAAGAAUUCAUACUGGAGAAAAACCCUAUGAAUGCAGUGACUGUGGGAAAUCCUUUAUUAAAAAAUCACAACUCCAUGUGCAUCAGCGAAUUCACACAGGAGAGAAUCCCUUUAUAUGUUCAGAAUGUGGGAAGGUCUUCACUCACAAGACAAAUCUCAUUAUACACCAGAAAAUCCACACAGGAGAAAGACCCUAUAUAUGUACUGUAUGUGGUAAGGCCUUUACUGACAGGUCAAAUCUCAUUAAGCACCAAAAAAUUCAUACUGGAGAGAAACCUUAUAAAUGCAGCGACUGUGGAAAAUCAUUCACCUGGAAGUCACGGCUCAGGAUACAUCAGAAGUGUCAUACUGGAGAGAGACAUUAUGAAUGCAGUGAAUGUGGGAAAGCCUUCAUUCAGAAGUCAACACUAAGUAUGCACCAGAGAAUUCAUAGAGGGGAAAAACCAUAUGUUUGCACUGAAUGUGGUAAGGCCUUCUUCCACAAAUCCCAUUUUAUUACACAUGAGAGAAUUCAUACUGGAGAGAAACCCUAUGAAUGCAGUAUUUGUGGGAAAUCCUUCACUAAGAAAUCACAACUCCAUGUACAUCAGCAGAUUCACACAGGAGAGAAACCCUAUAGAUGUGCUGAGUGUGGAAAGGCUUUUACUGACAGAUCAAAUCUUUUUACACACCAGAAAAUUCACACUGGAGAGAAACCUUAUAAAUGUAGUGACUGUGGGAAAGCCUUCACUCGGAAGUCCGGCCUCCACAUACAUCAGCAGUCCCAUACUGGAGAAAGGCAUUAUGAGUGCAGUGAAUGUGGGAAAGCCUUUGCAAGAAAAUCAACGCUAAUUAUGCAUCAGAGAAUUCAUACCGGAGAGAAACCCUAUAUUUGUACUGAAUGUGGGAAAUCCUUCAUCCAGAAGUCACACUUAAAUAGACACAGGAGAAUUCAUACUGGAGAGAAACCCUAUGAAUGCAGUGACUGUGGGAAGUCUUUCAUUAAGAAAUCACAGCUCCAUGAGCAUCAUCGAAUUCACACAGGAGAGAAACCAUAUAUAUGUGCUGAGUGUGGAAAGGCCUUCACCAUCAGAUCAAAUCUUAUUAAACACCAGAAAAUUCAUACUAAACAGAAACCCUAUAAGUGCAGUGACUUGAGGAAAGCCUUAAACUGGAAGCCACAACUCAGUGUGCCUCAGAAAUCUGACACUGGGGAGGUAGAGUGCUCAAUGCCACAAUUAUGGCGUGGGGACUCAGGAGGUGGCCAAGGCCAACUUUCUUCUGUCUAGUUAGAAUUAUGAACAUCUGGAUCAUACAGCCGAUGUGCAGUUAUGCAUAUGGGGAGACACUUUUGAGAGUGUUUAAGCAUUGUAUAGUGGCCAUCUUUGGUUAUUUGAUAUUGGUAUUGUCAAGCUCCUGCAAAUAAUAGUAAAUGUGCAAGGAGA